AUGUCGUUAUUCGGUCAGGUGAAACGUCAUACACCUGCAGCUAAACCCAGAAGAUCACCUUUACCUACAACAGCAUGGGAUACCGACAAGAAAUAUGAUUCUUCAACAUCCCCUUCCUCUUCCUCAUCAAAUACAACUUCAUAUGGUAAAUACUUCACUGUGAUAUAUAUACCUUCACCACGUAUACCAUUUGCAAGGUCAUCAUCAUCAUCAUCAUCAUCAUCAAAGAAUGAUUCAUUAUUGAAUGGAAAUGGAUUGUCAUCACCUAGAUCACAUAGUAGACAUUCAAGUUUAUCAAAUCCACUUCAUUCACAUAAUCAUAAUCAGUUUGGUAGAUCAAAAUAUAUCAAAAUAUAUUUACCUAUACCACCUAGAUUAUAUGCUAGAUUACCUAAACCCAAUUCACCGAAGAAAUUCGUCUUAUUCCUUUUCAUCUUGUUGGUGACAGGAUUAUUCUUAUUAGGGUUCAGGAAAAGGAGGAACGGUCGUUCAACUUGGUCACCACCUUUUGUUGAUCCAGAUACAAGAGUUAUAACUCCAGAAGAAAGUGCCUUGAUUUGGGAAUGGGAAGUUCUGAGUGGUCAUUAUCCAAGUAUACAUCAUCCUCCCGAUAAUCUCCCUCUUUCACCGUCAUUAUACAACCCAGUAGUGCCUUCCUCAUUACUACCAUCCCCUUCCUCCCCUACUCCACUCGUCGCAUAUCAAAAUAGGAAUUCAGCUCAACCGAAAAUCAACCUCAUCGGUCAAGGUCCAGAGAGGAAUUAUCUAAAUUCAUGGGAUACAAGAGAGAAUCAACCUGGUUUUGCACCACGACCAGCUCCUGGAACAAUACUGGAUUUAGAUUUGGUGUUGGAAAAGUGCGAUUUCGGCGAUAACAAGUACGUACGAGACUGCCUCGAGUUUCUCCGUAUCGGUGGUGGACUGGACAAUAACCGAAGAGUAAGACGCGGUAAUUACCUAUCUCAAUAUAAACAACUGUAUUAUGAAUCAACCACUCCUGAAAGGAGAAGCGAAUGGACACCCCGUUCGACUUUACUUACAGCUCGUGAUCCCAACUUCUCAAAAGCACCUUUGACUUUGCAAAAUCCUUAUCCCGUAUCUGCCAGCUUCGAUUCCCGUUCGGCAUGCGACGAGCUACAUCCAAGGAUCUUCCACAUGUUCUGGGCCGGUGCAUUCACAGAUAAACCUUAUAUGGCAGUCAUGUCAUUUCUAUACACGCAAAACUUGGGAUUGGAUACGCCCUUAGACUCAACUUCUGAUAUAGUAAAAGGAACUUGUCGACCUCAAUUCUGGGUAUGGAUCAACCCUGGACCAGCGGCCGCUGUGCCUAAUCCCUCAGCUAAAAGAGAAAUGUAUGAAAGUCUAGCUACGAAUCCGUGGUCAGCUCCCUUCUUACACGAGAGAUUUAGAGAAGUAGUGAAAUUCAAAAUGUGGAAUACAACCGAACAACUAGAUGGUAUAGAUGAACUAAAAGAUCAUUGGAGGGAUAUGCAAAUAUUCAAUUCGGGUGGAAAUGUAUACAAGCAAAAGCCUGAACAACCAGUUAAAGUAGUCACAGAAGAACCACCCAAAUUAGGUGAAUUAUUGGAUGAAGUGGAAGCUGAAAUCGAAGCGGAAGCGGAAGCAGAGGCAGAAGCGACUACGACUGAGUUGCCAAAAACCACCAAAUCAAGUAACAAGAAGAAAGAUAGUGUUUUUGAGAAGGUUGGAUCGUCAUCAGAAUCAGAUUAUGAUAGAUUAUCAGUAAUCCUAUCUGAUAUGGCAAGAUUCGUGUUAACAUAUCGAUUUGGCGGGAUCUACUUAGAUGCUGACACGCUCUUCUUGAGAGACUGGGAAGAAUUGUGGAAUUACAGAGGUCAAUUUGCUUAUAGAUGGUCAUGGCAUCAGAAAUACAAUACCGCCGUCUUGAAGUUACAUAAAAAAUCAGCUUUGGCAACUUUCUUAUUCAAAACGGCAUUGGAAAAUGGAUUAGAUUUCCACCCGAUGACCGUUUCAAGGUAUCUCAAAGAUGCAGGGUUAGAUAAACUGUUGUUCAGAGUGCCGGAUGCUCUCUUCGAUCCUGCUUGGUUGAAUAUGGAAAGAUAUCAGAGAGAAAGGCCACCUUUCCCUUAUUUCCCAGAAUUCUCUGUGUUCUUCUCAAACGACAAGUUUGACACUGCCGGUCCUCAACCAUUAGGGUUUGAUGCGUUCUUUAGAGGAGCGUUUUCGUACCAUUUCCACAAUUUCUGGUGGCUGCCUUUUGAUCCAUCUCGAAAUUGGCCAGAUUUAGGAUCUCGAUUUAUCAAAGGUGAAAAGGCAUCAAAGGAAGCAGCAAAAGCGAAGGAUAGUACAGUAGCGGGACAAGCUCAACUGUUAGGUGAAAAAGCAGAUAUGAACGCUCAGAACCCAGAUGACAUCGGACAAACAAUCGUUGAAGGGGAAAGCCUAGUUUCGAAACGAGAAGACAUGGAUGAUGAAAUCGAUCUGAGUUGGUCGACUGUACUAAAGAGGACUUUUGAAGGUUAUCUCAGAGCUGAAAGACCCAAUGCUUACGGAGAAUGGUUGGAAUGGGGGAGCGGUGGAUCACAAAUUCAGUCGGCUAGAGGUAGAAUGGGUUUCGAGUAA